UAGUCGACCUAAUCUGAGGUCAAUUUGUUAGCUUAACUUUAAAACUCCACGACCAUCUUCUUGGUAGUCUGCCGUGCGUGCGUGCGUACAAUAAUAACAAAAUAAAUAAAAUACCGAACGAAAAUCACGACGGUUAUAAUAAAAUAGAAGACGAAUAAUAAUAAUUAUUAUACUAUGUACUCGUGUAAGUAUAUUAUGUUAUUAUACAAACCGCUGUUGUCUUGUCGUUAACAAUAUCUAUCACAGUGUCAGUUGCGAUCCGUGUCCGCCGGCAGUACAUGUUGGGCUCGAGUGCGACCGGGACGGGACGAACGCGCAGUGCCGUUUUAUGUGAUCCCAUCGUUUAAUGAUCCACCGAAAUCCCACAUAAAUCCGCGGCACAGUUUCGGGGAUUUCUUUCUCUGUACAUUAUUAUAUACACUUAAUAACGAUAUUGUUAUAUAUUUAUCGCCGCCCUUACGUUAGCUAUUUCGACCCGUGUCCGCCUUCGACGAUUGUUAUAUAGACAAUAUUUUUGUUUUCUUUCAAAAAUCGUUUAUUUAGUUAGGUUUUUUUUUGGUAACUAUUGCAAUCGUCUACAACAACGAUCGUUCCGAUCAAGAUUCAUACUUGCACUCGAGACCACCGUUGCACUCAAGCAGAUAUCAGUUGCCUAGAUUUUGCACAUACUUUGGCUUUUAUCAACUCACAGUAAUGGUAGCCACCAUCUAAAACAAGCGCAACCAUGAUGGAACGAUUAGAGAACCUGACCGACCCGAGCCUGUGCUUGCAGGACUUGGUGUCGUCAACGGGCAAUGACCACCACAAUAUCGCCCUGCAACACGCAUCAUCCGCGUCAUUUCACCAUCCGGUUCAUGAUGGCGGAGCCGGUAUACACCAAGGCAUGCUGGGUCAUCACCAUGUGCAUCACCAUGAUGGGCAUCACCAUCACCACCACACAUCCGUGCCAUGUCCUCCUACGCUCUUGCACCAUGAACCGUUAGAGAAACUUAAAAGAGUAUGGGCAGAGACGGGAGACUUCCGGGACAACAAUCACCACGGUCUUACGUCAGACCACACGUCGCAGUUGAACUUCGGAUCGUCCAGGAGUAGAAACCGGGACAGAAAAGGACGACCGGACGCUAUCGGUGCCACCGGCAUCAAAACCGAAGGGAUCGACCCGGGCGUAGGGGCGGUCACCGACGACAGUAAGGACCCCAACUUAAAAAAUAACAAGAACAAUAAACGACAGAGGAGACAGAGAACACACUUUACAUCGCAACAGCUUCAGGAGUUGGAGGCGACGUUUACUAGGAACCGUUACCCAGACAUGAGCACCAGAGAAGAGAUAGCCAUGUGGACGAAUCUCACCGAGGCCCGAGUCCGGGUAUGGUUCAAAAAUCGAAGAGCUAAGUGGCGAAAACGCGAGAGAAACGCUAUGAAUGCGGCGGCGGCCGCGGCCGUUGAUUUCAAAAACGGAUUCGGCACGCAGUUCAACGGACUCAUGCAGCCGUUUACUGAUACAGACUCACUGUACAGCACGGCCUACACGUCAUACAACAAUUGGGCAACUAAGGUGCCCAGCCCAUUGGGCUCGAAAACAUUCCCGUGGUCAGUAAACCCGUUAGGUACGGUCAAUCACCAUCAUCACCAAGCGCCCGUCAACUGUUUCAACGCGGCCACGUCGGCCACCGGCUCCAUGCUAUCCUCUCCCGCGCCACAGAAUGGGCCUCCGUACUGUCCGCCCACCACGCCGUAUUCUGUGUACCACCACCGGCCCGCCGAACCUUGUAACGUCAUGUCCAGCAGCAUCGCUAGUCUCCGGCUCAAGGCCAAACAGCACGCUUCCGGGUUCGGUGGCUAUCCGCCGGCCGGUUCGCCGGGUUCCUUGGGACCCAACGGGAACGCUAUCAACGGCAACAACCGGUCGUCGUCCUCGUCGUGCCAGUAUGGCGGCACUAACGGCGUCGGCGGAACGGGUGCCGGCGGCGGGGGUGGCGGAGGAGGUGGUGGAGGCGGCGGUGGUAAUUCGGGCAGCGAAGGAACCAGGACGCCUGUCUGACGUGAAGAGCGGACCGGAGGAAGCGUCCGGUACACGGUUGAAGGCCUGUUGGACUUCAAAGAGGAAAUGGACGACAGAGACGAAGAAGACGACGGCGACGAUGACGAUGAAGAUGACGAUGAGGAGGAAGAAGACGUCGGCGGAAACAUGAACGUUGUCGGAACCGAUCAUCAACAUCAUCAGCACCAAAUGGACGGUACCGUCAAACACGAGCUAACGCAAAUGCACCCAUCAGCCGCCGCCGCCAUGCUCUGAACACUAUUCCUUCGGUCAUCCGCUUACCAAACGAUGAAUUUUUUUUUCAUUGAGGCAGUGGCGUGUUAAACUCGUUUAUUACCUCGAGAACUUGUACAUAUAUGUUAUAUUAAAUGCGAACUUCAAUCUACUAAAGACCAAAGUCAAAUAUGAUAAACACGUCACUGUAAUUAUUAACGUUUUUGAACCAAACGUUUAUUUCCUUCGUCGAAUUCGCACAAUUAAACAUUUUAUUUUAUUAAACUUGGUUCUUUUUCUUUCCGAAGACCAGAUCAGAACCAGAGGGAUUUGUUUUUAGCAUUUUCCGUAAAUUCCCGUGUAAAUGAAUUCACUAUAAACGAAUAGCAAAAAACAAAUCAAUACUUGCCUACCUAUAUAAUAUAGUAUACUGUUUAUACCUGUGUAUAAAUAUAAUUUUAACUAAUGUACAGAGUAUACGAUUAAUAGAUUUGUUUUUUAAUUCUUAUGGCAAUAUAAAGAAAUCAUCCAUCUAGUCCAAAAUAAUAUUAUUAUAAUAAUAUAUUGUAAUUUUUAAUACAUAUUUAGGUAUAAUUUCUUUGUUUUUAUUUUGUAUAUAUACUAUGUAAAUACAUGUAAUGGGUGUUUAUAAUUUCAGUUAUCAUAUAAUAACAUUGUGGUUUUUAUUAAAAUGUACGAUUUAACAACGUGUUAUAGCUUUUUCAAUUAAAUGUGUUAGAAAGCUAAUAGUCGAUCUCAGAUUUUCAUAAAUGGUUUACAACUCUGCAGUAAAGUAUGUACCCGUUUUAAAAAAUAAUCACUAAUACAACUUCGUUUGUCCGAAAAUACCAUUUUAUUAAAGUAUACAUUUUUACAAUUUAUGGGAUACUUCAAAAAUACUAUAAAACAUAAAUUACAUGAUGCAAACUUAUACUUUAUAACUUUUAAAUACCCUGUACAACAUGUGUAUGUUUUAAGAACA